AUGGAUUCCAGUGUGAUCACAGGCAGUGCAAUUCCAGAACCUCGUGAUGGUAUUGAAUUUGAAUCACAUGAAGCUGCAUAUUCAUUUUACAAAGAUUAUGCCAAGUCUGUAGGCUUUGGUACUGCUAAGUUGAGUAGCAGGCGAUCUAGGUCAUCAAAAGAAUUCAUUGAUGCAAAAUUCUCAUGCAUAAGGUAUGGGAAUAAGCAGCAGUCUGAUGAUGCCAUUAAUCCACGACCCUCCCCAAAAAUUGGCUGUAAAGCUAGCAUGCAUGUGAAGAGAAGACAGAAUGGAAAAUGGUACAUAUACAGUUUUGUAAAAGAACACAAUCAUGAGCUUUUACCAGCCCAGGUGCACUUCUUUCGAAGCCAUAGAAAUGAUGAUCCUCUUAAGAAUGACAUCCGGAUACGACGACGAAAGAAUCUGUCUUCAGUUUCCAAACUUUUUGGUGCAUAUCAAAAUGUGGAUUGUUUAGAGGGUUACAUGAGAAAUCAGCAUGAUAAGGGGCGGAGUUUGGUCUUAGAAUCAGGAGAUGCUCAGGUAUUACUAGACCUUUUUAUGCAUAUGCAGGAAGAGAACCCUAAGUUCUUCUAUGCUGUUGAUUUGAAUGAAGAGCAUCGGUUGAGAAACUUGUUUUGGGUUGAUACAAAAGGAAUGGAAGACUACAGCAACUUUGAUGAUGUAGUUUGUUUUGACACUACAUAUUUCACAAACAAGUAUAAAAUACCAUUAGUUUUCUUUAUUGGGGUGAAUCAUCAUAUUCAACCCACAUUGCUUGGUUGUGCAUUGAUAGCAGAUGAGACAGUUUAUACUUUUGAUUGGUUAAUGCAAACAUGGUUCAUGGCAAUGGGGGAACGUGCUCCACAAUUAAUGCUCACUGAUCAAAACAACGCCUUAAAAGCAGCUAUUGGAGCAGUCUUUCCACAAACAUGUCAUUGUUUUUGUCUUUGGCAUAUAUUGGAGAAGAUCCCUAGGCAGCUUGAAUAUUUGAGUCUUUGGCAUGAUAAUUUUAUGGUAAAAUUUAAUAAAUGUAUUUUUAAAUCAUGGACCGAGGAACAAUUUGAAAAGAGAUGGUCGAAGUUGCUUGACAAAUUUAAUCUUCGAGAGGUUGAAUGGGUUCGAUCGUUAUAUGAAGAUCGCAAAUAUUGGGUGCCUGCCUUCAUGAGAGAUGUAUCAUUUGCUGGUUUGUCUACAAUGUCGCGCUCUGAAAGCUUGACCUCUUCAUAUGAGAAAUAUGUGCAUGCAGAAACAUCAAUGAGAGAGUUUAUAGAACAAUACAAAACGAUUCUUGAAGAUAGGUAUGAAGAGGAAGCCAAGGCAGAUUUUGAUGCAUGGCAUGAAACGGCUGAGUUAAAAUCCCCAUCACCUUUCGAGAAGCAAAUGUCACUGGUGUACACACAUGAAAUUUUCAGGAAAUUCCAAGUUGAGGUUCUGGGAGCAGCUGCUUGUCAUCUUAAGAAAGAAAGUCAGGAUGAGACAACCACAAUGUAUACUGUGAAGGACUUUGAAGACGGUCAGAAUUACGUGGUGGAAUGGAAUGAAACAAAAUCAGAUAUUUAUUGUUCAUGUCGUUCUUUUGAAUACAAAGGUUAUCUCUGUAGACAUGCUAUUGUUGUUCUUCAAAUGUCAGGCGUGUUCAGCAUUCCACCUAAAUAUGUAUUGCAACGUUGGACAAAUGCUGCUUUGAGCAGGCAUCCCAUCAGUGAAAGAUUGGAUGAGGUGCAAACUAAGGUCCGUCGCUAUAAUGACUUGUGUCGACGAGCCAUAAUACUAGGUGAAGAGGGGUCUCUUUCACAGGAGAGUUACAACAUCGCACUUUGUGCUAUAAGAGAAGCUUUGAAACAAUGUGCGAGUUUAAAUAACUCUGCUGAAACCAGUGCUUGUCCUAACACCUCAGGGAGCAUUGAGGAAGAGAAUCAGUACAGGAAUACUUCUAAAGAGAGGGCACCAGAUCUUCAGGUUACUGGUGCAGACAAGGCUACUAGAAGAGCUGGAGCAGCAAACACAAAGGAAAGUAACCACAGUGGUGCGGUUAAAAAGGGAAAGCAGGUAACUCGGUCAGGAGAUGUGAACGUUGGGGGACAGGAAGGCUUCCAUUUAAUGGGCAUAUCUGACCUGGGGCCAACACAAUCACAUAAUAUGAUGCCAGCACAGUUGCAAAAUGCUGUACCUACAGUAUUUCAUAAUAUCAUGCCGACUCAGUUCCAAAACAUAGCUUCAACACAUUUGCACGAUACGAGACUCCCUCGUUAGUAUGAUUUUGCAUUUGCUUGUAAAAAAUUGUAUUUAUUGAUUACUGUAACACUGGUCCCAAGAAUGCAGGAUGUGUUGUGCAGUUGUUAAUCUCUGCUUGUAUGUAAAAGCUUCAACUAAUUAGUUAUAAGUGAUCUUCUUGGCUCUUCCAUUACUCA